GAUAAAUAAUGCUUCAGCACCAAGUGCCUCAUCGUAUUCAUUGUGCUUCGUCUUCCACGUAGAGUUCCCGAUGUGCCUCGUCAAUGGCUUAUGCCAACCCCCAAAAUCUCCCUCGGAGUGUUCAAAUCCCUCCUUCAACGUCGCUCCAAAGCCCUCUCGCGCCUCCUUUCCUCCAUUACCACUGCUAACCAUACCACUCAUCUUACACUUUUUGAAAUAUUGUACAAAUAAUAUUAGGUAAACGCAGAGAGAAACCGUCAAGCCGCCGCUCACCAGAAAAGUCGACUGAUGUUUCAGAGACUCCGACACCAUAGUAGAUUGAGGAAAGCUGUGGUUUUUAUGUGGCUUCUCCGGAGAAGGAAGUGGAUUUGGCAGCUGGCCUGCAAGGUAUAUCCGUAAGGGAUCGCCAACAGAGGGACUCCGCGGUGGAGGAACUCGGUCACGCACGAUGACCCGCAAAUGAGUAGUAACUUCAGCAAACGUCGGAGUGGAAACAAUAUGCCACUUCACGUUUCUGCUGGUUAUAACAAAGUAGAGAUAGUCAAAUUUCUUCUUGAUCGGCAAGGGACAGAUAAGGAUGAGUUGGAAGCAAAGAACAUGUAUGGAGAAAGUCCUUUGCACAUAGCAGCAAAGAAUGGGUGCAAUGAUGCUGCACAGUUGCUUCUUGGUCAUGGUGCUAUUAUUGAAGCCAAAGCAAAUAAUGGAAUGACACCAUUAUAUCUUGCUGUUUGGUACUCACUUCGAGCUGAAGAUUGCUCGACUGUCAAUACAUUGCUCGAGUACAAUGCUGAUUGUAGUGCUAAGGAUAAUGAGGGCAUGACUCCUCUAAAUCAUCUUUCACUAGGCCUAGGAAGUGAAAAGUUGCUGGAACUAUUGAACUGGCAUCUUGAAGAGCAGCGGAAGAGAAGAGCGAUCGAAGCAUGCUGUGAAACUAAAGCUAAGAUGGAUGAGCUUGAAAAUGAAAUAUCAAAUGUAGUAGGUUUGCAUGAGCUUAAGGUACAACUACGGAAAUGGGCAAGGGGGAUGCUUUUGGAUGAGAGGUGUAGAGCCCUUGGGCUGAAAGUUGGCAUCAGAAGAACCCCACAUAUGGCAUUCCUUGGCAAUCCUGGAUCAGGCGGUGGAGGUCGACUCGAUUAUGGAGUUCAUGUCGUAUUUGUUGAGCUCAUCUUCUCUGUCUGGUGAAGUUUUGGGCUCCGAACCGAAGUCCCCCAUGUCGGUUAUCUUCACUACUUCCCGAUGCCGUUUUAU